UCCUCCUUCGGUCUUUCCUGCUUCUCUCUCCUUCCUGCUUCACAGCGCGCCGACACUGUUCCAGUUCAGCACAAGCACCCCGUCUGUCCAGGCGCCACCUCCACUUGCGUACGCGCGCCGACUGUCCAGGCGUCCCGCUGUCGUCCGCACGUCGCCUGUGUGCCUCCGCUGCCGUCGUGUGGCCUGUGUCUCUGUUGGUGCUUUGUUACUAGCCUCUUGCGUCAGACGCUCACCCUGUCCUGUGUGCUGGUCGCCACCACCACCUCUGUGGCAAUCAUUGCCGCGGGGCUAUCUUCCUCUUCGCCUCCGGCGGCCCUAUGAUUGAGUCGUCCCUGCCUUCUCCUUCCUCUCCAUGGUCCCCAACUGCCGGUUCUUCUGUCAUUGCUGUCAUGUGCCCUUGAACUGCUCGAUGAAAUAUCCAAAAGGAGUCCGCUCUGCCUUCAUGUAUUUCUAGGCCAUCCAGCACACAACACUCUCGGGUCGCAUCUGCCGCCCCGAGCUCGGCCUUCGCCGCGUGCUCCGUCCUUUGCUGUUGCUACCAGCAAGUCCUUACCUGCCGUCGGCGCCAUUGGGACACGGUGUGCUGCCUCCCUGCCUGCCACUGCCACUGCCACUGCUAGAGACUGGUUCGUCCUUACCUUAUUCGUGCAUCACUGGUUUCCACUUGCUUGCCGUUUUUCUUCGAGUUCCAUCUUUCUUCUAUAAUUGCGGCCGUUCCUAUCUUUGGAAAGUGUCAGCCAUAGAAGCAAAUCAACCCGCGAGAAUCACAGUUGAUUUUUUAUUCGGUAUGUCGUUCGCCGGCGUAUCUUUCAUCGGCAGUGGCGGACUGUCGGGUCGAUCUACCCCAGCCACCGCGGCCUCCCUUGUCACUGACAGCGGAUACCACCUCCUUGUGAUCGACGGGUACUCACGCACCAGAGAGACCACCCCGAACGGCGACUGUAUAAAGUCUUCCCCUUUCAGAGUCGGCGGCCAUAGCUGGUGUAUCCAAUACUACCCCAACGGCAGAGUGUCCGAGGUGGCUGACUGCAUACACCUUGCUCUCGUACUUGAUGAGCACAACAUUGAGGAAGCUGUCAAGGUGCAAUUCGACUUCAGCUUGGUUGACAAGGCUGAGAAGCAACUGCCAUCAAAUAUCCAUGAAACCGAAGUGAUUAACUUCAGUAACGAGACCCCGUGUUACGGUUGUGCUUUCAUGAACAGAAAUGAACUGGAGAAAUCAGAACUUCUCAAGGACGACAGUCUCACCAUAAAGUGCGACAUCAUGGUCAUCAAGGAUGUCGAUAUCGAUAGAACUGGAGCCAACACUGCCCCUUUUGUGGUGGUGCCAGCAUCUGACAUGAUCCAACAUCUCAGCAGUCUCCUUCAGUCUACAGAGGGGUCCGAUGUGACCUUUGAGAUCGGCAGAGAGAUCUUUGCUGCACACCGGUGCGUACUUGCCUGCAGGUCAACGGUCUUCAAGGGGCUUCUUGGCUCCAUGAAUGAGGGCACAACAGCAGGUGUCGUACGCAUAGAUGACAUGGAGGCACGAGUAUUCAAGCUCCUCCUUGGGUUCAUUUACCGUGACUCGGUGCCUGAGAAAGAAGCAGAAGACGAUGAUGUCAUGUGGCAGCACUUGCUUGUGGCGGCAGAUAGAUAUGAUCUCCUGAGGCUGAGGCUGAUCUGUGAACAAAAGUUAUGUACAUACAUUAACACGACUACAGCAGCAACGAUUCUUGCGCUAGCUGAGCGGCACCAUGGCCGAGGGCUCAAGGAUGCUUGCUUGGACUUCCUUACCAGGGCUCAUGCCAAUCUGCAGGAGGUAACGGUGCUUGGUGGCCUGGACCACCUAGCAAGCACCUGCCCUUUAGUCCUCAAAGAGCUCAUUGUCAAGCUUGUGUCACCUAAUAAGAAGGCUAGGAUUGAUGUCAACACAGCAUUUGUCACGGUGCCGGCAUCUGAUAUGCACCAGCAUUUCACUCACCUCCUCCAGUCUGGUGAGGACACCGAUGUUGUAUUUGAGGUCAGCGGAGAGAAGCUCCAUGCACACCGCUGCAUUCUUGCAGCCAGGUCAGCAGUUUUCAGGGCUGAGCUUUUUGGCCCCAUGAAGGAGGGCACCACCACUGGUGUCAUACGCAUAAACGAUAUGGAAGCCAGAGUGUUCAAGUUGAUGCUUACUUUCAUUUACAGUGACUCGAUGCCAGACAUUAACGAAGAGGAAGACAUGGAGGAGGACGAGGAGAAGGAUGACGACGUGGACGACAUAGAAGUGACGUGGCAGCACUUGCUUGUGGCGGCAGAUAGAUAUGAUCUCCAGAGGUUGAGGCUGAUGUGUGAAAACAAGUUGUGUGGGUACAUCAACACAACCAAGGUGGCGAGCAUCCUUGAGCUAGCUGAGCAGCAUCAUUGCCGAGGGCUGAAGGAGGCAUGCUUGGAUUUUCUGAACUUCCCUCCUAAUCUUCAACAAGUCAUGGCGGCCGGCGGCCUCAGCCACCUGAGUAGUAGCUGUCCCUCUGUCCUGAUAGAUCUCAUUGCCAAGCUUGCAUACCUGAAGCCAUCUGACGAACUCUAAUAAUUUGACAGAGUAAGCUAUAUCUACUCUUAGAUGAGGUUGAUCAAGGUACCAGAGGACCCAAGUGUGUCGCAUGUUCAGAUCCCUUUGUCUUUUUUUAUUUUUUUCUUCUGAGAGGGUCUUUUAUUGUGCCGUGGCUCGUGCCUGAGUUUUUGUGCUGUUUCGUUGGCUGGUUCCAGCUUCCUAGUCCUAGCUGUUGUAGUUCCUUGUCUUCUGGAAGUAGUACUUGCUCCAAACCAAAGACCA